AUAAGCUCGCUGGAUCGCCUCACCAAUCAGACACCGAUUCUUGGCCGGCCUGCCGAGACGACUAUUCGGAGGAAAGGGCGGCAGCAAAAGCGGGAUUGAGCGGUAACAGUAAAGAGCCGUGGAUCGUUUGCUCGUACAGUGGUUUUGCACGCACUACUCUUCAAGAAGGAUUGUUUUGGUGCUAAAAAUUAUCACGCAAUUUCGAGCGGAAUUUUUUGCUACCCCCCCAUUUUAAUAGAAUCAACGAAUGGUGAAAAUUCUUUUUUCCUAUUUGAAUUUAUUAUGAAAUAGAAUCUUAAUGAACAUAUAAGUACUAUAAAUAGGUAAAGUUGUAAGGCUGUUCAUAACUUUUGCACUAUUUAUUUAAUUCAGCAUUUGAAAAAGCAAAUAAAAAAGCUGACCUAAAUAUACUAUUUAUUUCAUUAUUUAAAGUUAAGAAAACCUUUGGAUAUGAUCAUGCACUUCAACCGAAUUACAGACUGAGAAUUACAGAGUCCAAAUUUCAACUUCAAGAACAGCCGGAGAACAUACUGAUGAUAAAAAGUGGUUACAAAAAACAGUCGCACUGAAGGAACAGAUAUUUCGAGGAGCAGACGACAGUCGAGGGACUGACGGACUUUUAUCGUCUGCUGCCGCCAGGUUUUCCACGAUUGAGCUCCAUGGAAUUAUGGCCACUAGUCCUUCCAAUCCGUAUAAUGCGGUAAUUCAUGAAGGCAUGCAAGUGGCCACAUCUCAAGCAAGUUACGGUCGUGAACCUCCCGAAAUGAAGUACAUGCCACCGAAUCCACAUCAUGGUCCGAACGGACACGCUCUUGCCCCUCACCAUCAAUGGGUUGGACUGCCGCCUCACAGUGACCCUUCACCUUGGUCAACAGGGGGUGGCAUGAGCCUCCACGGAGGCCAGGACAUUAAACCAAGCGACAUUCACCCGGGUACCCUCCACCACCGUCCGCCCCAGCAUAUGGGGACACCUUGGCAUCCCAGUUCUCUGGGUGCUACGGCUCACAUGGGGGGCCAUAUGAGCCCCAGUCCGAAUGGGUCACCACCUUUACAGCAUCACUAUGGCGCCAUGAACGGUAUGCUGUCUCACGGCGGUGGUGGUCAACUACACCCGAGUAUGCGGGAUAUGCAACAUCACCAUCCCGAUCCUCACCAUCAACAACACCAACAUCAUCAUCCUCAUCAUCAUCUUCAUAAUGACAUGCUAGAUCCAAGGCAUCAUCCGGAUGGUUCCGAGGAGGAAGCGCCCAGCUCCGAUGACCUGGAGCAGUUCGCGAAGCAAUUCAAACAGAGGCGCAUAAAGUUGGGGUUCACCCAGGCAGAUGUCGGUCUAGCCUUAGGAACCCUUUAUGGAAAUGUGUUUAGUCAAACAACAAUAUGCAGAUUCGAGGCGCUGCAAUUGAGCUUCAAAAAUAUGUGCAAAUUAAAACCUUUACUCGCCAAAUGGCUGGAGGAGGCAGACAGUACGACGGGCUCCCCGACGUCCAUCGACAAGAUUGCAGCACAGGGGCGCAAGCGAAAAAAAAGGACCAGCAUUGAAGUGUCAGUGAAGGGCGCCCUAGAAAACCACUUCCACAAGCAGCCCAAACCGUCAGCUCAGGAGAUAGCCUCCCUUGCGGACAGCCUACAGCUGGAGAAAGAAGUGGUCAGGGUUUGGUUCUGCAACAGGCGGCAGAAGGAGAAGCGGAUGACGCCCCCCGUCAACAUAGGGGGCGCAGGGGGGCCCGGCACCCCCGGCGAAAUGAUGCUCACACACAGUCCCCCGGGACAUGGCUCCCUCCAUUCGCACAGUCCUCCUAUGCUCUCCCCCCACGCGCCUCCUCAGAAUCACGGCCCUCCACCUCACAGUAUGCAUGGUCAGUCGCUAGCGGCCCACUGACAAAUAGCCCCCUGUUUUGUCCUCCCCACCACUGGUCACCAUCAUCUGAUGCCCGAAUGGAAGGACUGAACAAGGACUUUGCACAAAUUAUACGAAAAUAUAUUAUAUACAUUUCUAUACAAAAUGUACAUAUUAUACAGACAGAGAGGUGCUCACAUUGCCUCGUCAGUUGUAAUAUAAAUUGUAAUAUAUGGGUGGCCCCCAAGAAAAACUCUGUGAAGAUGUAAAGAAUAAUAUAUUAUUAUACAUAUUAUAUAUAUAGUGCCAAUGAUGUCCUUUUUCACUUAAGACAUUUUUUAAAAACAAAUCACCACUUCGCUGUUGCAAAGUCAUUUGUACAUUUAAGAGAAAUUAAAUAAAAAAAAGAAAAUA